AUGGGGCUGCUGUCGCAAGGCUCCCCGCUGAGCUGGGAGGAGACGCAGCGGCACGCGGAGCACGUGCGCAGGCACGGCAUCCUCCAGUUCCUGCACAUCUACCACGCCGUGGCCGAGCGCCAGAAGGACGUUCUCAAAUGGGGGGACGAGGUGGAAUAUAUAUUGGUAGCUUUUGAUCAUGAACAUAAGAAAGUACGUUUGUCACUAACUGGAGAAGAAGUUCUUUAUACACUGCAAGAGAAGGGGGAAAGAGUCAAUCCCAACCACCCAACACUUUGGCGUCCAGAAUAUGGAAGCUAUAUGAUUGAAGGGACACCUGGGCAGCCAUAUGGAGGAACCAUGUCUGAAUUUAACACUGUACAGGACAACAUGAGGAAACGACGGCAGGAGGCUGCUUCUGUGUUGAAAGAAGAUGAGGCUCUUUGUACUGUGACAUCAUUUCCAAGAUUAGGAUGUCCUGGAUUUACGCUACCGGAAUGUGAGCCGACGCCAGUAGAAGGAGGCGCUUCAAAGUCUCUCUUCUUUCCAGAUGAAGCUAUCAACAAACAUCCUAGAUUUAGUACUCUGACCAGAAACAUUCGACACCGAAGAGGAGAGAAAGUAGUGAUAAAUGUACCAAUAUUUAAAGAUAAGAAUACUCCAUCACCACUUAUAGAAACAUUUCCUAAGGAUGAUGGAGAAGCAGCAAAAGCAGCUAAACCAGACCAUAUAUAUAUGGAUGCCAUGGGUUUUGGAAUGGGCAACUGCUGCCUUCAGGUAACAUUCCAGGCUUGCAGCAUUUCUGAAGCAAGAUGCCUUUAUGAUCAGCUAGCCCCAAUAUGUCCUAUUGUGAUGGCAUUAAGUGCGGCAGCUCCAUUCUACAGAGGCUACGUGUCGGAUAUUGACUGUCGCUGGGGAGUAAUAUCUGCAUCAGUAGAUGACCGAACACGAGAGGAGAGAGGAUUGGAGCCACUGAAGAACAACCAUUAUAGAAUCAGUAAAUCCAGAUAUGAUUCCAUAGACAGUUAUCUAUCUGAAUGUGGUGAAAAAUACAAUGACAUUGAUUUGACAAUAGAUAAAGAAAUCUACGAGCACCUAGUAAAGGAAGGCAUUGAUCAUCUUUUGGCACAACAUAUUGCACACUUAUUUAUUCGAGACCCGUUGACUUUGUUCGAAGAGAAAAUACAUCUAGAUGAUGCAAAUGAAUCUGAUCAUUUUGAGAAUAUUCAAUCCACAAACUGGCAGACAAUGAGAUUUAAACCACCUCCUCCGAAUUCAGAUAUUGGAUGGAGAGUAGAAUUUAGGCCCAUGGAGGUUCAGUUAACAGACUUUGAAAACUCUGCAUAUGUUGUGUUUGUGGUAUUGCUAACCAGAGUGAUUCUGUCAUAUAAACUGGAUUUUCUCAUUCCUUUGUCCAAGGUUGAUGAAAAUAUGAAGGUAGCCCAGAAACGAGAUGCUGUUCGGCAGGGAAUGUUUUAUUUCAGAAAAGAUAUUUGUAAAGGUGGAAAUGCUGUUGUAGAUGGAUGUGGCCCAGCACAGAAUGGGAAAGAGACAGAUGCAGAAGAGUACACCUUGAUGAGCAUAGACACAAUCAUCAAUGGAAAGGAUGGUGUCUUUCCUGGCUUAAUCCCAAUUCUAAACUCUUACCUCGAAAACAUGGAAGUGGAUGUGGACACAAGAUGCACCAUUCUGAACUACCUGAAGUUAAUUAAAAAGAGAGCCUCUGGAGAAUUAAUGACAGUUGCUCGGUGGAUGAGGGAGUUUAUUGCAAACCAUCCUGACUACAAGCAAGAUAGUGUGAUCACUGAUGAAAUGAAUUACAGCCUUAUUAGGAAAUGCAACCAAAUUGCACAAGAAAAAGCAGAGAGUGCCCUGAAUUACUUGGAGUAGGAUUUAAGAAAAUAAAACACAGUGGAAAUAAAACUAGCUCUUUUUAAUGAAAUGUUU